AUGGAAAGAAAUAUAUCAUCAACUCUCAACUCGACCGCUCUCCCACUCAAUACCACUGCUAACGCCACAGAGAAACCCUUCAGUGUAUUUGAUGGAUGUGAACAUAUGGUAGAGGGCAUCCUCUUCGACCUGACCCUGCAGUCCAUCAAUGUAGCUGUGGGAAUCCCUGCUAACUUACUUGUCAUCGCCAUCCUCAUUCGCAAUUGCAAAGAGCCCACCACUUCAGACAUAUUCUUGGGCUGCCUGGCCUCCAUGGAUGCCUACUUUAGCGCCAUGACCCCUGUCAGCUUCCUUAACCUUUACCACUGGCACAGCAAAGAAGUUUGGUCAGCCCUGAAGUUCUCCUAUGGUGUGAAAGAUAUAAGCGGGCCGUUGUUUCUCUCCUGUAUCUGCCUGGAUCGAUUUAUUGCCGUGCUCUUUCCAGUUAUGUUUGGGCAGCUUAAACACAUUAAGUACAGGAUAAGCCUCUCACUGCUGGUGUUCUGCCUCACUUUUGCCUACUCUGCAGCCAAGGUUGUGGGAGGUCUUCCCAACUUUGAGAAGGUGUUCACCGGUGCGAUCUUGGCAGCAUUUACUUGGAUGGUCGUGUGCAAUGUGUCUAUCCUGUGGGCCCUGAAGAAGUCCCACGGCACAGGUAAAGAUGAGAUGCACCCCAUGAAGAAGAAGGCCUUCAAGAUGGUGCUGUCUAUCCUUUGUAUCAUUGUGUUUAACUACCUGCCACCUGUUGCAAUGUUCCCUUUUGAAGACCACUACGCCCCUAAUGUAUUUCGCUGCUAUGUGCAGCCUGUGGGCUUUGCUUUCCUCAACAUCAGCAGCACCAUCCAGCCGCUCGUCUAUCUGUCUCGUCUGGAGAGGAUUCCUUUCCUCCCAGACAGCUGCGUCAAGAAGUACUGCACCUGUGUCUCGGCAGAGAACAAUAAAACCCCACCUGCUCAAAAGCCACCUGCUUAG